AUUGCGAAAUCGGACAUGGCGCAGCGACAAAUCGAUCAAACUGCGCCUGCGCUCUUCGAGUGGUGAAACUAAGAGAAUUCGAUAUUUUAAUCAGCUGUUCCUUGAAGGACGAGGGAACUGUUUAAAAAGUAUCUAGAUUUUUUUAAAAACAUUGAAUGCUUUUAAUCUGUGGUCAUGGCUAGAAGGGUAGAUUUUUCAUCGUGUUAUAGAGUAAUAUCUUAUAUGUAAUUACUACAAUUCCUCAGUGGUAAGUCGAGUCAUAAGUAAUGGUGGGAAGCUGCGAAGCCGACGCGCGUAUGAGGACCGCGGAAGUGAUAUUUAUUUUCACUUGAUUAUUAUAUUACUUACUUAAAUAUUCCGAUGUGUGCCAUAUCUCUUGGCUGUUCAGUGUAACUUGUUUUGUCAGUGAAUGGCUUAUAGUUAGAAACACUCAGUUGUGUGAAGAUAUUUAAAUCACCAAGAGUAAACAAGAAUUUUCUCAAAUUCUUUGAUGGUAAUUAAUGUAGACAUACUUAAAACAAUGAAGAAUAUUGUGGCAAAAGGAAUUCAGACGGAAAUGGGCCCUCCAUUUCCUGGUGCGGGAUAUGUAACUGAGAAACUGUAUAUGCUUUUACAACUGUACCUGCAAAAUAAAGGCUGGAAUCCAUCGGUAGAUCUACUUCAAUGUUUCACUGAACUUAAGGAAUCGUCCAUUCUGCCAAGUGCUGCCUAUCUCCAAAUGAUGGCUUCACGUAUAGCUCUGGACAGUCAAGGAAGACUUAUUUUACGUGAAAAUGGCAAAAUCAUAUUGCCAUAUGAACAUUUUGCAAAUGCAGUAAUGCUCAAACACAUGAACGGACCUCAUGGAUUACAUCUAGGAUUAGAAAGUACAAUACGCGCGGUAAUGGAAUCCUACACAAUAGGAAGAGAAUAUUUUGGAAUGGAAAAAGAAUUUAUAGUUGAGGUAGUUCAAAACUGCCCCAACCCUGCAUGCCGAUACUACAAAAAUCAAUUGGAACUUUCACAAAAAUCCCUGCAUCUAAACGUCCCAACGUACAUUCAAGAAUCUGGAGGUGGAAAUCAAGUCCCGUCGGCAGCGCAAGAAGCUGCAGCUAAUCUAUUACGAGGUGCUGCUUUUACUCCUGGGACUUCUGGAGAUUUCGGGAUGAAUCUGACUCACGCCCAGCAGUCUGUGAACCUACAUAAUCCUGUGGACUUGACAGGAUUGUCUACUGAAAAGUCUCCUUCAGUGGAAGGACGUUCUUUGCCAAUUGGAUCUGGAUUAGUUCUUCGCACUCAGCAAAUCAACAUAUGUGAAAAAUCCAGCAGGAUUUUACAGCAGCAGCAACACCAUAAUGAGAUCACUCACAAACAAAACAAGCAGCAACAGUAUUUUGAAACGUCCUCUCCUGGAGACCACAGACUUGCAGAUUUCUUAAGAACGAAUUUAGAAAAUCUUGAUGGAUUAUCAAGCGCUAAUAAGGAUCUUCUUGCUUUACAUAAUGGUGCAUGGACUGGUGAUGAUUUAGAAAAGCGGCUCUCUUCCAAUACUGAAGGAAAAGUGGAAUAGAAGAAUUGUGUGACCCUGUUCGAAAGAUUGAAUGAUCCGAGCCAUUGUACAGCCCAGUCAUCUCCGAAGUUGAAAGAAAUGAAGAUGGUGCUGGAGACAAUAUUGUAGACUUAUUAACGACUAUAGGUGAGUGACACGCAAUAACUGUGAUAUGAAUUUGAAAAUAAUGAGUACAUUUCCACUUUAAUUCCAGUAAUGUCAAUCAUUUUGUUUUUGUGCUCGUGACAAACACGUAUUCCGAAAGAAUUAUCAGGGGGUGUUUCUGCAAUUAUGAUUGUAAUUUUUUAGAAUAUAGAAAUUUGAAUUCUACUUCAUGUAUUUAGUAAUUAUCUUUUUCUCUGCUCAUGUAAGUGGCAUCUUUUGAAUAAUGUACUUGCAUAACAAAUUGUCCAUAUCUAUUGAGAAGCUAGUCACGUGAAUGAUUUCAAUAUAUUCCCUCUACAAUGCUAAUAAAAGUCAGUUAUUUGAAAUUUAAAUUUUGUAUUAGAAAUAAUUUUUCUAUUUCAACUUAUGCAAUUGUAGAUUCUCUUAAUCUCACCAUGUCUUUAACAUAUGCAUGAAGGUUGUAUUGUUCUCUUAAUAGUGAGUGUUAUCAGUGAAAAGAAUUAUAUUUAACUCGAAGUAUUAAAAAUAAACAAGUCUCUCCAUCAUAAAUUUACUACCGACAUUAAAUAUGUACGAAAAUGUGUGGAAUUGAACUUUAUUAUAUGAAUUGUGUGGAUAUGUUCGAAAAUAAGAAAGUAAUGUCAAUAAAAAUAUUUGUAUAGAAUAAUUACUUGUUACAUAUUUCUUAUGAAAGAUUUUUAAAAAUGGACGCAGUACUUACUUUUUCGUAUGAUGUAAAGUUUAUGGAAAUUUGAUGUACAGUAAACUCGCUAUUAUCCGAGUAAACUUAGGCUCCGUGUUAACCGAGGCAUUUAAUAGAAAAAAGAAACAACAUAAUUUAUUGACACACAAGUACGUAAAGGAAUUGUAAUAAUUAUACGGCGCAUGCGCUGGGAGACGCCUUGGAACGACCUCGAAUUCGAGAAGUCGUCAGAUUCACUCGUCAACCAUUAAGUUCGUCGUUUGACAUCGCACUCUUUGUGCUAGCUGUCUAUCUAUGACAGCGGAACCGUGUUCAAUUACUUGUAUUGUGUACUGUAAUUUGUGUUUUUACGUUUGAUCCUUUACCCACUGCGGAUUAUUCGAUUUUCUCGAAUCCAAGGGUUUUGGUCCUAACUACCUCGAUAAAUGCGAGUCUACUGUAUUACUAUUAUUAUUAUUAUUAUUAUUAUUAUUAUUAUUAUUAUUAUUAUUAUUAUUUUAUGAAAUGCAUAUAUUAAUUGCAAGACAACGAAUGUGCAGAAAUAUUUAUUGACAGACGAUUACUGUCUUUGUUCCCUUUGAAAGUUGGUAAAUGCUUUAGAAUGGAUUCAACAUGUCCAGAAUGUAGUACGUCUCGUAAAUUGUUUUGUCUCUGAUUCUUUUGCAUUUGUCAUUGUGGUGUCCAGUGAAUACUUGUAUGCUUAUCGUAAUUUAAAUUCCAGUGGCAGCUCGCGCCAGUUGUUGCAUGUUUGCGUUUCAAUAAAAAAUGUUUGCUAUUUUAUACUUAUAUAUUGCGCUAACGAUAGAUGACGGUUUUUGACACUUAGUAAUAAAAACCAUCGAACACAAAAUCUUGUAAAUGUGUUACUGUUGAAUAGAGAUGUGGGUGUUCUAUUGCUGAACUCUCAAGUUCUGCAUUCACAGAUAUAAGGCGAAAAUAAUUCAAUUUUCAAAUAAUGAAAUUAAAAAAAGAUUUUUGAAACCACAUAAUCACCCAUAGCUUGGAGACGAUGCGUCCUAGACCCCUUAUAUCCAGGUUUUUGGGAUUUAAAACGUGUGUCCCGAAGACAAUUUGUAUGGAGACAGGGUGAGUUCUGUGGGAACACGACGUUUGUGACAGUUGGGGAUCAGGUGGAGCCCGAAUUAUCUUUCUUCGGCAGCAUUUUACAACAUAAGAUAUUUUUGAACUAUUACAUGUUUGGAAACUUAGUUCUAUUAGGUGCUUCUACUUCAUACAAUGGGUGGUAAGAAAAAUUGCAGAAACAUGAAAUUUAUGUAAAAUCACUUCGUCAAAAAAAUCAUUUACGAUAAAAUUAAAGAGACUGCUUGAUUUUCUGUGCAAUUUAAUCUCGACGAUUAGCAAAAUUAGAAGGGUCACUUUUAAGUCACUUGUCUUGUUACUGUCGUGAAUCAUAAUCAUUUCAGAAUUUUCUUACAUUAACAGCUAAUCGUGUAUAAGUGAUCUGUCCAUAUUCCACACACCUGGUGUUUAACUCCGAGAUGCUAUCUACGCGCCAGAUUUAUAAAACCAAAGAGUACUAUACUUACAGUCGCCCCUCCGUAUCUCUUCCUGCACAUGCCAGUGAAACCGCUUCAAAAGUGCGCGUCGCCAUAUUCGUAUAACCUUCCUAACGAAUGUUACUAUAUGGGCACGCAAUACAUAAUAGUGUUAUUUCGUAAAAUGUUUGAUACUUUGAGAUAUUUAA